AUGUCCCAAAGUUAUAGAUCGACUAGAUCCUCUGCGAAGGAAACACAAUCUUUCGAAAAGACUAUCAUCCAGGGUCUUGCCUCUGAUGGCGGUCUUUUCAUUCCAUCUGAAAUUCCACAACUAAGCCCUGAAACAAUUCAACAAUGGUCUCAUUUAAGCUUUCAAGAUUUGGCGCUAGAAAUCAUGAAGUUGUAUAUAUCGAGCGAAGAGAUCCCGGAGGCGGACUUAAAGGGCUUAAUUCAGAGAUCGUACUCUACAUUCCGUUCUGCUGAUGUGACCCCAUUAGCGAAAAAUGUCACUGGUGGCGAUGAGAAUUUGAAUGUAUUGGAGCUUUUCCAUGGCCCAACUUACGCCUUCAAGGACGUUGCGCUGCAGUUCGUGGGUAACCUGUUCGAGUACUUCUUGCAAAGAGCUAACAAAGAUCUGCCCCAAGAACAACGCAAGAAGAUUACCGUUGUAGGUGCCACAUCUGGUGACACCGGUAGUGCGGCCAUUUACGGUAUGAGAGGCAAAAAAGACGUCUCUGUUUUCAUCUUGUACCCUACAGGAAGGAUUUCACCAAUUCAAGAAGAGCAGAUGACCACUGUUCCAGACAAAAAUGUCCAAACCUUGUCGGUGAAGGGUACGUUCGACAACUGUCAGGAUAUUGUCAAAGCAAUUUUUGGUGAUGUUGAAUUCAAUAAGAAGCACAACGUAGGCGCUGUCAACUCCAUCAACUGGGCCAGAAUUCUAGCCCAAAUGACCUACUACUUCUAUGCAUACUUUCAGGCCGUCAAAGCUUCUCCAUCUAAAGUGAAGUUUGUUGUCCCCAGUGGUAAUUUUGGGGACAUUUUGGCCGGUUACUACGCUAAAAAGAUGGGGCUACCUGUUGAGAAGCUGGUUAUUGCUACCAAUGCCAAUGAUAUCCUAGACAGAUUUAUGAAGAGUGGUGUCUAUGAGAGAUCGGAUGACGUGGCCUCGACAUUGUCUCCUGCUAUGGACAUUCUAGUCUCAUCGAACUUCGAACGUUUAUUAUGGUAUCUGGCUCGUGACGUGCUGGCUUCUGGCGACGACCAAAGAGCCGGUGAAAUUGUGAACAAUUGGUUUAUUCAGCUUAAAACAGAAGGAAAAUUUGUUGCUGAUGAUGCUGUCGUUCGUGAGGCAUUUGUCGACUUCGAUUCUGAAAGAGUUUCAGACUUAGAGACUAAAGAGACAAUCAAGGAAACUUAUGUGACAUCUCAAAACCCAAAGAACUAUAUUUUGGAUCCCCACACUGCUGUAGGCGUUUGUGCCACCAAGAGGCAGAUCGCCAAGGACAACGAUAAGUCUGUUCAAUAUGUUUCUCUUUCAACCGCCCAUCCUGCCAAAUUUGCGGAUGCUGUUAAUGACGCGUUGUCCGAGUUCGAUGGCUACUCUUUUGAGAAAGAUGUUUUGCCGGAAGAGUUGAAGAAGUUAUCCACCCUUGAAAAGAAAUUGAAGUUUAUUGAAAGGGCCGACGUUGAACUUGUAAAGGCUGCCAUUGAAGAAGAAUUGGCUAAGAUGGGCUUGCUUUAA